UGGUUGUCUCAAAUGAAGCCUUCGGAGUAGCGCGUGGCUUCCAAAUUUCCAAACUCAGUGCACUUUCUGCCGAUCGCAAUUUAAGAUGGUCCUAUCUGGUGGCAAGCACUUGUCAGGAUUUUGUAAGUCACAAAAUCUGCGGUUAUGGUCACAACACCAAAGAAAUUCCACCGGACACCAGGGAAUAUAUAUAAACGGCUCCCUUUGCCUUGUGCUGGGGGGCUUUUCUAUAUGCCGUAGCUCUGUUUCGUUGGAGAGCGAGCGAGCGAGUGAGCGAGGCAUAGAGAGAUUAGAGAUAUGAAGGAGAUGGUAGUGGGAUCUGAGGCGGGGCGGAGGGCGACGCCGCCGCCGCCUCCGCCGCAGGCGCUGCUAGAGAGGCUUAAGGACUACGGCCAGGAGGACGCCUUCGCCCUCUGGGACGAGAUCUUACCGGAGGAGCGCGACCUCGUCGUCAAGGAUAUCGAGAGCUUAGAUCUUCCGAGGGUUGAUCGAAUCAUUCGAUGUUCUCUUGGAUCACAAGGCCAUCCUUUGCCUGCGAUUGAGCCUGUCCCAGAAGCUACUGUCUCAACAGUGGAAGAGAGAACCCCUGAAGAAAGAGAGAGGUGGUGGAAGAGGGGGCUGAAAGCCAUUUCGGAAGGGAAGUUAGCUGUUGUCCUUCUGUCUGGCGGACAGGGAACCCGACUUGGAAGUUCAGAUCCCAAGGGAUGCUUUAAUAUUGGUCUUCCAUCUGGGAAGUCACUUUUUCAGCUUCAAGCUGAGAGAAUUUUGUGUGUCCAAAGGCUUGCAGCUCAGUCCACAGAUGCAGGUUCAGCAGGUACUGUGCCAAUACACUGGUACAUAAUGACUAGCCCAUUUACUGAUGAAGCUACACGCAAGUUUUUUGAGAGCCAUAAGUAUUUUGGUUUGGAAGCUGAUCAGGUCACCUUUUUUCAACAAGGUACUCUUCCAUGUGUUUCUAGAGAUGGUAGAUUUAUUAUGGAGACUCCAUACAAGGUGGCAAAGGCUUCUGAUGGAAAUGGAGGACUAUAUGCUGCUCUAAGGUCUUCAAGAUUACUGGAAGAUAUGGCUAUGAGAGGUGUGAAAUACGUGGAUGUCUAUGGAGUUGAUAAUGCUCUGGUCCGUGUCGCAGAUCCACCAUUCUUGGGAUACUUUAUUGAUAAAGGUGUAACUGCUGCAGCAAAAGUUGUUCGCAAGGCUUACCCACAAGAGAAGGUUGGGGUCUUUGUCCAGCGGGGUAGAGGUGGGCCUCUUACCGUGAUUGAAUAUGGUGAAAUGGAUCCAUCAAUGGCUUCUGAGAUCAAUCAGACUACCGGGCGCCUUCGCUUUUGUUGGAGUAAUAUAUGCUUACAUAUGUUCACGCUGGAUUUUCUAAAUCAAGUUGCAAAUGGCCUUGAGAAAGACAGCAUUUACCACCUAGCUGAAAAAAAGAUUCCUUCUAUUCAUGGAUGUACCAUAGGUUUGAAACUUGAACAGUUUAUAUUUGAUGCAUUUGCAUAUGCUCCAUCAACGGCACUAUUUGAGGUCGUCCGGGAGGAGGAAUUUGCACCAGUUAAAAAUGCUAAUGGGGCAAGUUAUGACACUCCUGAUAGUGCUCGGCUUAUGCUUCUCCGCCUCCACAGCCGCUGGGUGGUUGCUGCAGGUGGCUUCUUAACACAUUCAGUGCCACUAUAUUUAACUGGUGUGGAAAUCUCACCUCUAUGCUCAUAUGCUGGAGAGAACCUUGAAGCUAUAUGCCGUGGAAGAACGUUUCAUGCACCAUGUGAGAUUGCAUUCUAGGCGGAGUAAUUGCCAGCCAAUUUUUGAGUUGCCAGCCUUCUCUGGUAAUACAAGCAUCGGAUUAUCCUUGAAAUUAACAUAAAAUGUAUUGUACAACACCAUAUGAUCCCUCAACUUGGAUGCGAUUUGGUCUUAUCACUUUUAAUGAGAUGUGUGAUUCUUACUGCUUAUUCAAUUUUUCCUGUUAACGGUUCCUGAAGUGUCUGCGUUACUUGUUAGUGUUGAUAGUUGAAAUCAAGUUUUAGCAUAUUUGGUUUGGGGUGCAAUACUGUGCAGUGAGAGAAACCAAUAGUCCAUAUGUAAUUCACUAAUCUUUGUUACCCGUUUCUCUCAAUGCUAUAUCAUUUCAUUUGACUA